CGUGUUAUGUUGUUAUCAAGCUAAGCCUCACAAAAUAAACGACCACAAAAAUUGUAAUAAAAGUUUAGGUAAUUAAUCUCGAUCCUCUAACUAAAAUAGGCCAAAUUGAAACAAAUUACCGGAAUCAGCACUCCCAAUUUUUUUUUUAUAUAAAAAUUUCACCAAAAUUCGUAUAAAACCCCAAACCCAACCAACGGCGACAAAGAAGCCUAGGCCUCCCUCUCUUUGAUCUCAUCAAUUAUUACGGAGAGACCUGAGAAAGAAUAACUAAAUAAUUUAAAAAAAAAAAAAAAACCCUCCAAAUAUUAUUGUAUAGAGUUAGUAUAGAAUUUUAGGAAGAAAAUAUACUUAUUUUAAAAUGGCUUUCAACGUCUCUAAAUCUUUCUCAAUGGUCUUUCUGGCAAUGGCUAUUUUAUUAGUUUUUACCGGCCCAACCCACGGCCGCAGCCUCCGCCUCAAGGGGCGUCGCUCAGGCGGCGAUAUUUGCCGAAGAGCCGACUACACCGCCGUAUGCCGCGCCGCCGUGAAGGGCCAGAAGAACCCGUUCGUUGCCACCCAAUUGGCAGUAAAGCAACUGAUUUCGUCGACUUUCGGCGCGAAAAAAGCGGCGUCGAAAGGGGGAAGGGGGUCCCCGGUUCUCGGGAUCUGCAGAGAAAAUUACGAUGAUGCCCUUAGUAACCUACAGUCGAGUUUGAGCAAGAUGAGGGCCCACGAUAAGGGCAGCUUUAAUAGCUACGUGUCCGCGUCCCUGACCGAUUUUGUCACGUGCGACGAUGCGUUUUCCGAAAUGGGCAUGAGUUCACCGCUGACGAGAACCAACGCCAGGCUCCGCCAAAUGGCCAGUAAUAUCUUGUACUUGGCCACUUUGUGGCGCUAAAGCUAAUGGACUAGGCAAUUGGGCUUGGGCCUGACCUUGAGCUUUCAGUGCUAUUAUUUGGAUUUGAUUUGUUUCACUAAUUUUUUUUUCUUUUUUAAAAUUGAUUUUUUUAAUUGUUUUUUUAUUCGGAAAAAGUGUUCAUAUACUGAAGAAGUCAGUGCGCUUCGGUGCCAUAUUUGUUUGU